GCUCUCUCGCUGAGAACAGAGAACGGUACGGAUCCUUCAGCCUUUCACCUUCCUGCAAUUCCUUUCUGCAAAACCCUUGUGUAAACUUUAAGGAAAUCUAAAAUUCCAUUUUUUUCCCUUUAAAAAACCCUAAUUUCUCCCAACCCCUGAAAAUCCCUAGCACUGUAUGUAACAGCUCUCAUAAACCCUAAAAAUCUCUCACCGUUUCAUUUCCACUGAUGUAAAACCCUGUUUCUAAGCUUCUUGGCUUCUGGGUAUUUCCCUGUUAGGAGAAUUUUGAUUCAAGUUUUGAUCUUUCUGGGUUUUAGUUUAUGGCGACAGGGACAAUAGGUGGUGAAGAAUCGAUGGAGGAGCUAAGGUGGGCAGAGAGUAACAGCAAGGUCUAUACCAGGAAAAACCAGAACGAACCAACCAGAAAUCCCCUCAGUCUCCCUCAGUCCUCUCAACAAAUGCUAGCUACUACCACUGGUACUGAUGACAAUACCUCCUUUCAUCCUCCGCAGGCCAUUGAUAAUCUGGUGUCAGAUGAUUCGUCAAGUCUCAAUCUGGUACAGCCUGGUGUACAGGACGUCAUUAAUGGGAAUGGGACAUCUCGGUACGUUAAAUUUGAUAACCUUGUUAAGAUUGACUUGAAUUCCAUCAUGAAGAGUGAGGCUAUAGGUAUAAAGAGGAAGCUAGCGAGUGAGCUUGAUCGGGUUAGGAGUUUAAUGAAGAAACUUGAAGCCAGAGAAGCUCAGUUUGGCAGUGAGCAUACCGGUUCACAAUUUUCACCGAAUGAGAUUGUUGAUAGGGGUGGAAGUUUCGUUAGAGUGAAUUCUGGGGUUGGUUCUGUUGACUUCUCAAAUUCACAGCUUCAUCAUGGACUUUCUGCGUCAGUAGCAGAAAAUUUGACCAUUCAUGGUAAUCAAGGUUUUGGUCUUGUUGGUAGUGGUGGUGAGUUUGUGGAUAUAGAGAAGAGAACGCCAAAGUUAAAUCAAUAUUGUAAGAAUUCAGAUUUUGUGUUGGGAAAGGGAAAGCCGAUGCCUACAGAGAGUAAAAAGAAGUUGAAACCAAAUAUAGGGAAGAACAAUGCGGAUAGAAUGGGAGGUGGAUUUGGACCAGAUAACAGUCAGUUGUUUAAGAGAUGUAGUAAUUUGUUAGGGAGGUUGAUGAAGCAUAAAUUUGGUUGGGUGUUUAAUUCUCCAGUGGAUGUUGAGGGGCUUGGGUUGCAUGAUUAUUAUUCAAUUAUUAAGCAUCCAAUGGAUUUGGGUACAGUGAAGACUAGGUUGGACAAUAACUUCUAUAAAUCGUCCAGGAAUUUUGCAGAGGAUGUCAAACUAUCGUUUAGUAAUGCAAUGUUAUACAACCCAAAAGGGCAGGAUGUGCAUUUUAUGGCAGAGACAUUGUUGAAGAUGUUUGAAGAAAGCUGGGCGGCUAUAGAGGCUGAGUGCAAUCUUAAUAGGAGGUAUGAAAUGGGUCAUGAUAUGGUUUUGCCGAUUCCCAAUCCAAGGAGAUCUUCUGCACCUUCUUCAGCUCCAGCUUCUGAUGCUCCUCCUCCUCCUCCUCCACCACCACCAUUAGAAACUCAGGGUUUCGAGAGAUCAGAAUCUAUGACGAUGCCUGUUGAUCCCAAGACAAGAUCUAUGAAGUUGGCUCAUUCGGGUAGGACUCCAGCACCGAAGAAGCCCAAGGCAAAGGAUCCUGACAAGAGGGAUAUGACUCUUGAGGAGAAGCAGAGACUGAGCAUAAGCCUUCAGAAUUUGCCUUCAAAUAAACUGGAGAGCAUUGUCCAGAUUAUUAAGAAGUGGAAUCCAGCACUUUUCAAGCAGGAAGAUGAGAUUGAGGUGGACAUUGACAAUUUUGACACAGAAACACUGUGGGAACUAGACAGAUUUGUGACCAAUUAUAAGAAAAACUUGAGCAAACAAAAGAGAAAAACUGAACUUGCCCUGCAAGCCAAUGCCGAAGUUGACCACAACAUUCAGCAGAUGAAUCCAGCACCACUUGCUGCAGAGGCACCAAAAGCAGCUGAAGCAGUUGAGAGGAUUAUUCCCUCAUCAUCUCCUGUUCAAGCAGAAAGGCAAGACAAUAACGUUGGUAGAUCGAGUAGUUCAAGCGGCUCCAGCAGGGAUUCUGGAUCUUCAUCAAGUGGUGAUUGCUAAAUUUUUUCUAUGUUCCAUGUUAUGGUUUACAUACACAUAUCAGAUGUUUUUCAUUGUUGUACUUCAGUGCAGACUCUGACAGUGAUAGUUCCUCUGGAUAAUGUUGGUCAUUCACCCGGGAUUUGAAAGGACUAGACUGAGGUAGGAGCCACUACCUUGGCAACAAGGUGUUUCUUUUUUUUUUUUUUUUUUUUGGUUCCCUUGUUUCUUACAGGACUUGCAGUUUGUAGGGAUAUUAAAUAGUAGGUUUUUUUUAAAGCUUAUCCAGAUGCUCUUAGCACACAUUCUACAUCAUGUGAAGUGUAUUACAUGCAAUUCAUUGAUUUUGUGAUCGCUUAAGAAGGCUUCUAGGUUCAAUCUGCUUGAAAUGGUGACAUUUUACUUUGCUCUGUUCUUCAUUCUAGUGAAGGCAAUUUACCAAUUAACCAAAAGACGUGCCAAGCAACUGAUUUCUUCAGGUUCAAGCACAAAAACAUAAGGCAGGGGUGACAAUGCAACUUUUCAUGAUUAUAUUUCCCUUUACUUUUCUUAGCUUUUCCAAGGAUGGACCUUGUAAGAAUGGGUAGAGUCGUUGGUCAUGCCUUUGUCCAUCAGCUCUAGCUUCCAGAAACCUCCUUAAUGCCUAUUUGGGACGCUUUGAUGGCAUCUUAGAAGCUUCCAGGGUUCAGUUUGCAACUUCAGUUGCAUGUUUUACUAAGACCGUGUUAUAUACAACAUUUGCACAUUUUAAUCUUUCU